UAAUUAAAAAAUAAGUAUUAAUUAGGUUGGAUACUGAUUUUAUUUGCCGUCGUGGCGCAUUAAAAACAAUAUUAUGUACCCCUUAUGAAAGAUCUAAAAACUGGAUUAUUUGUGCUAGCAAAUACCGUGGUACGAUAUAUUUAUGCGAAUUUUACACAAAUGAAAAAGAACAUCGACAUGUCAAUGCAACUACACAAGAAAAACGAUUGAGUUCAUUGGGAUACAAGUUUGAACAAUAUAUGGUAGCAGAUCAACCAUCGCAUAAACCAAAUACAUCAGUACCUCUUAAUGAAUGUAAAAAAUUUUACUGUGUAAUUAAAGCAAAUUUUGGAGAUCAUUCAUUAUUAUAUGGAGCAGAAAUAGAUGCUAUUUCCUCACCACAGCCUAUAACGGAUACACUUAUUGGCAAAACAAUUGAAUUGAUUGAAUUGAAAACAUUACCAAUGAAAGUUUAUAAUGAAAUCGGCACAGUAUUGUACGAUAAAUAUGGCACAAUACCUUUUAAAACAGUAAUUAGAUGGUGGAGUCAGAAUUACUUAGCAGGAAUAGAAAGACUUAUAUGUGGAUUAAAAAAUAGAUAUGGGGAAGUGAAAAUGAUAAAAGAACAUCCUACGCAGAAUCUGCCAGAGCUUUCAAAACCUUGUUGUAAUGUGGGCAAAUGUAAAAAGUUUUGCAAAAUAUUUCUAGACCAUGUCAAAAAGUUUGUCAUCAAAGAUUAUAAUGAGUGCAUGUAUAAGUUUUACUAUGAUGCAUCUAAUGAUGUCAUAAAUUAUAGUGAAGAAGCUUCUAAUGACGAAAUGUAUUUCUUCUUAAAGUCAUGGUUUGUUGAAAAAGCAGAAAAUUAUAACAGUACUUUUCAGUAAAUACAUAAAUCUAAAGAAUAUUUUUUAUAUAAGGAAAGACGCACGUCAUGUGAAAAAAAUAGAUAGAUGCGCAAAUGCCAUGAAGUUAAUAAAAUAAACAAUUUUAUUUUAUGUGUUAUUGAAAUAAGAAAUAUGACUUUCUUUUUCUAUAGAAUAUGUAUGUGAAAUUAUUUUAAUGAUAACUUUCUAGUUUGUUAAUAUUUGAUAAAAAUUACUUUAUAUUUUAUAUAAAUGUUUACAAUUAAAUAUAAUAGGUUCACAUGUUUACUUUGACUGUACUUACUUGAACAAAAUAAAGAUUUUAUUGCAUAUAUAUCAAA